UUUCUUUCGCAAUUCAAAUUGCCAUUUGUUAAUGUUUUAUAAUUCUAAGUCAUAACAAUGAAUUUAAUUAAGAGUGGGUCUUGAAUGGCCUUAUUUUAAGUAUAAAUAUUGAUGUACUUGUUUGGUGGCUCCGCCUAUUCUUUGUACACUUGUUUGCCAUCUGAAUAAUCAACUCGUAAUUUCGACAACAUAUGUUCAAGGAGAACAUGUUAUUUUACACAACCAAACUACUUUAAAUUAUUAAUACCUAAGCUAUACGAAAACUCGUUUUUACAUUUGGGUAGUUCAGAUUAAUUCCAUAUCAGAGUUUUUGUGCUGUUUAUGUGGCAUCAUUAAAAUAUAUUACUUAAUGUUUUUAUCAGUUAAGUAUUAAAAUUAAUUGAGUGUGAUUUAAUAAGCAAAAAUGCCUUACCAAACUGUUAAACAAUUCUAUGCUGGCAAAAAUAUUUUUUUAACUGGAGGCACAGGUUUUGUUGGCAUUGCAUAUUUAGAAAAAUUAUUAAGGAGUAUUCCUGAUAUUGGAAAUAUCUAUGUUUUACUGAGAGCUCGAAAAACACAAGGAAUACAAGAGAGAUUUGAAAUAAUAAAAAGCAACUCUGUAUUUGAAACUUUGAAAAAUACUGAAGGUGGACCAGUAUUGUUGAAUAAACUUAUACCAAUUAGUGGUGAUAUAUCAGCAGAAAAACUAGGAUUAUCUGAUGAAGACGAAAAAAUGUUGUGUGACAAUAUUAACAUUGUAGUUCAUUGUGCAGCUACAUUAGACUUUGAAACUGAUUUAUUAACUGCAAUCAAUAUCAAUUUGAUGGGUACAAAACGUAUUGUAGACUUGAGCAAAAAAAUAAAAAAGCUGAGUUGUUUAUUGCAUGUUUCAAGUGCCUAUGUUAAUUGUGUUAGAAAUUAUGCUGAAGAAAUAAUUUAUGAUGCUCCUGCUAAUUACAAUGAUAUAAUUAAUUAUGCUCAAACUAUGGAUGCUAAAGAGUUAAAUAAUUCAGCUGAGAAACUUAUGGGCGAACAUAUAAAUACUUAUACAUUUACAAAAGCUUUAGCGGAGCAUGUAGUAAAUGAUGUAAGAGGAAUAAUUCGUACUUGUAUUGUUAGACCUAGUAUGAUUGUAGCUUCAUGGAAAGAACCAGUUGAAGGAUGGACAAUUUCAAAAAAUGGUCCUCAAGGUUUUAUCAUGGGUGCAUCCAAAGGAGUCGUUCGACGUUUACCAGUCAACCCAACCUUAAUAUAUGAUUAUAUACCUGUAGAUAUUGUGGUCAAUUCAAUGAUAUCUAGUGUAUGGUAUAGUGCACAAUUGCCAUCUAGUGAUGCAUCAGUAACUGAACAGACACCAGUAUUUCAUUUAACUACUAGUACAUGCAAUCCUUUUCGUUGGGAGAAUCUUGCAAGUAAACUAUGUAUAGCUCUACAUGAAUUUCCUAUACAAGGUGCUGUGUGGUAUCCUCAUAUCAAAUUCUUACCCAAUUUAUUUAUGUAUUGGAUAUCAUCAGCUAUUUUUCAUUUCAUACCAGCUUAUAUUCUAGAUUUUGUUACAAAAAUAUCUGGUGGACGACCUAUUUUAGUACGUUUACAUACAAAUGUUAAUCGAUCAUUAAGUCGAUUAGCUCCAUUUAUUUUUCAAGAAUGGAAAUUUGAUAAUUCCCAUACAUUGCGUUUACAUGAAGAUUUGGGUGUAGAUGAUAAAUCCCUAUUUUAUGUUGAUCCAACUAAUGUGCAGUGGCCUAUUUUUUUCCUUAAUUUGACAUUAGGAGUUAGAAAAUAUUUACAUAAGGAAAGUGAAAAAACUCUAAAGGCUGCAACCAGGAAAAAUUUUAUAUUAAUGUGGUUGAAUAUUCUUUUACAAGUUUUUAUUGUACUAUUUAUUUGGUAUUUAGUAUCUAUAGUCACUAACUCUUCGUUUUUAUCUUCCUACUGGGCUGGAUUGGCUGUUAUUAUUUUUGGAUUUAUAUUUUAAAAACAAUACUUUUAAAUUUUCAAGAUUACCAGAAAAAGUGUAAUAACUUUGGUAUGUAUUACAUUUUAUUAAGUAGUACAUACCUGAAUAUUCUUUAUUUAAACUUGUAAUAGUAUAUUAAAAUUAAAAGUAUUAUAACUAGAUUGUUUAUUUAUGACUGUUAUUAUAAAAUAAAGCGUAUAGAACCAUAAUAGCCCAUCACUAUAUUUUGUUUCCUUUAUAGAUGAUAAUAUUUAAACAUGAUAACAGUAAUUAAACUACCUAAUGUAUAAAAUAAAUAGGUUGGCUAUUAUAGUUCUACAUGUCUUAAAUUAACUUAGCAAAUUUUUUUUCCAGUAACAAUCUAAUUGUAAUAGUUUAUUUUAACAAUAAUUAUUGUUUGGUAAUGGUUUCUUU